AUGGGAUGUACUGAAAAGGUGGUAUCAGCACAAACAUCGUACUUGAGUAUGAGAAGAGGAAAACGAAGUUUGGAACUCACUGGCCGAGCAUCUGUGAGUGCCGAAAGUGUUUCGCAAGCCGAUGCGACAUGGCGAAGUGGCAGUGCACCUGAUAUUAAUCAGCAUGUGCGCCUUGACGUUCCGUAUAGUAGUGUCGGGUUUUCUUGGCGCCAUAGUAGGACGGCCGAUAGUAGGUUUUGCAAUCUAUAUUGGGAAAGUGUUCAAAGUGUUACGCCGUCAGUGAAACACGGACAAAGACCUAGGUUUAAAGGGAAGAUGGUACCUUCACAAAGCCAAUCCAUGCAAUCGGAUGAGGCCAGCUGUGUCAAUGUGGGCGAGGGGCAGGGAAGUGUAGGCAAGAUUCCAAAGGGGUUCGUAAUCACCAGGUUGAAGGUUAAUAUUCAAGGCCAGCUGGAGAAAUGGGAGUAUCCGAUUGUCGCUUGA